AUGUGCGCGGUGUUUUUGUGUUUUUCCGUGUACCCGACACAGUCCUUCGACUUGCCUGCUGCGGGUGCAAAGAUGGUGCAUCGACUAUACUUGGAAUGCGCUAGGGCUGAUGAUGGUUUUUCGCCGUGUCUCAAGAAGCGUGCCAUCGCGUUCGUGGAUCGUUUAACUUCUGUUGAGACCUUACCCUUGGCGGAGGGGCUGCAGGUUGUGCGAACCGGAAUUCCGGUGACUCAGAAGAGCGUCGAAGGAUUGUCGACUACGCGCAGCUUACAGGAGCGAGACUUGGAGCUCACCGAUAUGCUCAUCGAACGCGUUGCUAACUAUUUGAACACGCGGACGGUACAGAUCACUUUCCCGCCAAUGACUUCCGAUGAGCUCGGCAGGAGUGUCGAGGAAGGCCGAGGAAAAAUGAAGAAAAUGAUGGGAAUGAUGAUGAUGGGUUUUGCGAUGAAAAUGGCUGCAAUGAUCCCAAUAGCAUUAGCGGGACUCUUUGUGCUUGCAGGAAAAGCGCUGAUCAUAUCGAAAAUAGCGCUACUUCUUGCUGGAAUCAUCGGUCUUAAAAAGCUGCUCAGUUCCAAACAAGGAGGAGGAGGUGGCGGUCACGGCGGCGGCUGGUCAAGUGGCGGCGGCAGCGGUGGCUGGUCCAGCGGCGGCGGCGGUGGCGGAUGGGACAAGAGAUCGUUCUCGGCGCAAGAACUCGCUUACAAUGCGCAUGUCAAAUGA